ACAAGUCAAAGUGGGUGUUCCACUAAUAAUGAGCUCUCUUAGUCAAGCCUGCCAUCCUUUUUAUUUCUCUAAACAACCAAACAUACCAACAUAAUAAUCCUCACUCAUUCUUAAACUAACCCUUUCUUACAUCCCAAACCUCAAACAGCAAUGGAGUCCAAACCCCACAUAGUAUGCGUCCCCUUCCCCGCCCAAGGCCACAUCAUCCCCAUGAUGCAGCUCGCCAAGCUCCUCCACUCUCGCGCCUUCCACGUCACCUUCAUCAGCACCGAACACAACCAGCGCCGCCUCAUCUUCGCCCUCGGCGACGCCUUUCUCAACCUCUCCGCCACUUUCAACUUCCUAACCGUCCCCGACGGGCUGCCGCGCAUCGAGCCCGAUCAGUCCCACUCGCCCGUCGGAUUGUUCGGCUCCAUUCCCAAGACUUGUUUGGAGCCGUUCAAGGAGGUGCUGGAUAAGCUGGAGAGUGAUCCUGAGGUGCCGCCGGUGACUGGGAUCGUGGCGGACGCUUGUAUGAGCUUCGCGGUGGAGGCGGGGAGGGAGUUUGGGAUUCCGGUUGUUUCGCUGUGGACGGCGUCUGCUUGUGGAUUGAUGGCGUAUUUACAGUUUCCGGAGUUUGUUAAGCGUGCCAUUUUUCCGUUUAAAGACCAGAGUUUUCUGACUGAUGGGACUCUUGAUACUAAGAUAGAUUGGAUACCUGGCAUGACUAACAUCCGGUUGAAGGAUAUACCAUCAUUCAUUCAAAAAACGGAUGCCAGUGAUGUUUCAUUCAAUUUCAUGAAAGAUUCUGUACAAAGCUGCUUGAAAGCUUCUGCAAUGAUUGUCAACACGUUUGAUGCUUUAGAGAAUGAAGUACUUCAAGCAUUUCCUUCCAAUUUCCCUAGAAUAUACACUUUAGGCCCUCUGCACACUCUCAGCAAGGGCAUCCCUAAUAGCCCUCUAGAUUCAUUUAGGCCAAGCUUGUGGAAAGAAGACAAGACAUGUCUAGAAUGGCUAGACAAAAGAAAUCCGAACUCUGUAGUCUAUGUCAAUUAUGGCAGUGUCACCAAAAUGACUAACCAACAUCUGAAAGAAUUUGCUUGGGGACUUGCAAACAGUAAACACCCAUUUUUAUGGAUCAUCAGAUCUAAUCUUAUAGAGGGUGAUUCUGCAAUAAUAUCAAAAGAAUUUCUUGAGGAGACAAAAGACAGGGCUAUGUUAGCAAGUUGGUGCCCGCAAGAGCUUGUACUUUCUCAUCCAUCUAUCGGCGUUUUUCUCACUCAUGGUGGGUGGAACUCUACUUUAGAGAGUAUAUGUGAAGGAGUGCCUAUUAUUUGCUGGCCUUUCUUUGCAGAACAACAAACCAAUUGUCGCUAUAGCUGCACAGACAGUUGGGGAAUUGGAGUGGAGGUUAAUCAAGAUGUAAAGCGUGAGGAAAUUGAAACACUUGUAAAGGACAUGAUGGAAGGAGAAAAAGGAAAGAAAUUGAAGAAAAAGUCUCUCGAGUGGCAGAAAAUGGCUGCAGAAGCUACGAGUGUUGGAGGUUCAUCUUUUACCAACAUUGACAGAGUUAUUAAAGAAGUUCUCCUAAAAGAGAAAGUAUAAGUGAAUAUUUUUACGCUCCAAUAACAGUUGCAGGAAAUCACAAAGCAAGACCAGAUGAAUGGGAUGUAUGCUGAUAAUCUGCUUUGAAUCAGUAGCUUUGUUGAAGCUUGAGAAUGGACCACGGUUCUUUCACGAAUCUGCUUUCUUUUGUACUACUCUAUUUCACUAGUUUCUACCUGCUUGAACUAAUCAAACAGAUUAACUAACACUCAGUUUUGAUCAUUUGGUUAUCAAGUAUUAUCUCCUUUUGUAUACUACAAUAAACGAGUGAAGUUCAAUAAUGUAAAUCUUGGUAAAGACUAUAUAUCGGAACUGUGUACGAAUGUUUGAGGAGAA